AUGCCUGCUUUUCCUGCUUAUGACACCAAUUCCUCCACCUUUCUACUAACAGGCUUCCCUGGCCUGGAACAGGAAUAUCCCUGGCUGUCCAUCCCUUUCUCCCGUAUCUAUGCUAUGGUACUGUCUGGGAACUGCCUGGUGCUGCAUGUGAUCCGGACUGAGCCGAGCCUGCACCAGCCCAUGUUCUACUUCCUGGCCAUGCUGGCCCUCACUGACCUGUGCAUGGGGCUGUCCACGGUGCACACGGUGCUGGGCAUCCUGUGGGGACUUAGCCAGGAAGUCAGCCUGGAUGCCUGCAUUGCUCAAACUUAUUUCAUCCAUGGUCUGUCCCUCACAGAGUCUGGAGUCCUUCUCGCCAUGGCUUUGGAUCGCUUUACAGCGAUCUGUAACCCUCUGAGGUAUACGUCCAUACUAACCAGUGCCAGGAUUACCAAGAUUGGGCUGGGAAUUUUAGUUAGGAGUUUUGUGUUCAUUAUGGCUCCCAUAAUCCGCCUAAAGUUUUUCCACUAUUGCCAUUCCCACAUCCUCUCGCACUCUUUUUGCCUUCACCAAGACUUACUAAGACUAGCAUGUUCUGACAUUCGCUUUAACAGUUUCUAUGCCUUGGCUCUGGUGAUUUGCACACUUUUGUUUGAUUCCAUGCUAAUUAUUGUAUCCUACAUUCUGAUCCUGCAUUCUGUCUUGGCUAUUGCAUCCCGGGAGGAGCGGCUUAAGUCCUUGCAGACCUGUGUCUCCCAUAUCUGUGCUGUCAUGGUUUUCUAUAUCCCAAUAAUUGGUCUGACUAUGGUGCAUCGUUUUGGGAAACACCUCUCUCCUAUGGUCCAUGUCCUCAUGGGCAACAUCUAUAUCAUCUUCCCACCCUUGAUGAACCCCAUCAUCUACAGUGUCAAAACCCAACAAAUCCGUGGCAGGAUUCAGAAGUGGUUUUCCAUGAAAAAGGAGUAA